AUGCUGCGUACCCAUUCUAAGAAGACGUAUAAAGUACCUACUGGAAUCUCUAGUGCUCCAUACUCUAAGCAAUUUGCAGGUACAUCAACUUCCGAUCUAAGAAUGGCCCAUCUCGAAGCGCGCAAGCACAUAUCCCCCGACUCAGGUUUCCCCAUCACCCUCCACCCCAACUUCAACCCCAAAAUCAAGCACCAUGCCCCUCCAGACUCCAUUCGUGAACCUUUCAACCCAUCAAAAGACCGAGCACUCUUUGCCGACCCUGAAAAGAAAGCCUUAUUUUCUGUGGCCAAGCCCGUAGACUUGACUGAGUCAAUCGGCACCCUUCUUGAGAAUGUGCAACUGUCUCAGCUGAACGAGCAGCAACUGGAUGAAUUGGCUCUCUUGGUGACCGAGAGGGGUGUGGUGUUUUUUAGGGAUCAGGACUUAACGACGGAAAAGCAAGUUGAGUUAUUCCAGCAUUACGGAAUUCUCGAUAAGCAUCCUGCUCAGAAGUCCUCGACACAUGGCUGCUCUUUCUCUACUGACGAAAUUAUACAGUUCGUGAAUAUCCACGGUAGCCGUGAGGAUCAUCGCGAGAUUGCCAAUUACACCCCAUGGCCGAGUGGCGAGUUCCACGCAGAUACUUCGUUUGAAAUUAACCCGCCAUCGUAUUCCCUCCUGAGAAUGGAAGAGCAUCCAGACGUCGGAGGCGACACUGCCUGGGUCUCCCAAUACGGCCUAUACGACGCUCUCAGUGACGCUUACAAGAAAUUCCUCGAUGGCCUCCACGCAGUACACACCUCUAGACUCCAAUAUGACACAAUCCUAGACCUCUGGGGCGUCGGUCCGAACAGACCACCCAUCGACACCCACCAUCCCGCCGUUCGAACGCACCCAGUCACCGGACUGAAAGCCCUGAACGUGAACACCGGGUUCGUAACCGGCUUUGCAGAACUCAAGAAACUCGAGUCAGACAAGCUUCUGGAUUUCCUAUCACAUCAUAUCCAUGCCGCUGAUGAUCAUUACGUGCGUUGGAAGUGGGCUGUUGGCAGUGUUGCGAUGUGGGAUAAUCGCUGUACCGUUCAUCGAGUGAUCCCCGGAAGGUAUAAAGGGAACAGACGAGGAAUUCGAACGACCGUCUUCGGUGAGAAGCGUGAGUACCCGAAAUACAUCAAUGCUUAUUUUGAUCCGGCAAGUGAGAGUCGAGAUGAGCGCAAGUUGCGCGAAGAGAAGAUCGCCAAUGGGAACGCUUAA